AAGAGAGAAAGAAAAGGAAGACAGAAAAGAAAGGAGGGAGGAAAAGGAGUGCUAGAAUCACAUGGACUUGUCUUUCUCUUGCUGGGUCCUCCAUUUCCUUCUCUUCGUUUAGACCUUCUCCUUCAUCUUUCUCAUCUUCUUCUUCCCCCCUUAGAUUCCUCCUCUUUUCUUUCCCCUUCACCAUGGCUGAGGAUAAGGAGAUGUCUACCUCUGUAGUCAAUGGGAAUGAUUCCCUCACAGGUCACAUCAUAUCUACAACGAUUGGUGGCAAAAAUGGGGAGCCCAAACAGACUAUUAGUUACAUGGCAGAACGGGUUGUAGGAAAUGGAUCAUUUGGAAUUGUUUUCCAGGCAAAAUGCUUGGAAACUGGGGAGGCAGUGGCCAUUAAGAAGGUUUUACAAGACCGACGAUAUAAGAAUCGUGAACUACAGUUAAUGCGUGUGAUGGAUCAUCCAAAUGUGAUCUCUCUGAAGCAUUGUUUCUUUUCCACUACAAGUACAGAUGAACUUUUUCUUAAUUUGGUGAUGGACUAUGUUCCAGAGUCCAUGUAUAGGGUCUUAAAGCACUAUAAUACUGCUAAUCAAAGAAUGCCAAUCAUCUAUGUAAAACUUUAUAUGUACCAGAUUUUCAGGGGAUUGGCUUAUAUCCACACCGUUCCUGGAGUUUGCCACAGAGAUUUGAAGCCUCAAAAUAUACUGGUUGAUCCUCUUACACACCAAGUUAAGCUCUGUGAUUUUGGAAGUGCAAAAGUGCUAGUCAAAGGUGAAGCUAAUAUAUCAUACAUAUGUUCACGUUUCUAUCGAGCUCCAGAACUUAUAUUUGGUGCCACAGAGUAUACUACUUCAAUUGAUAUUUGGUCAGCUGGCUGUGUCCUUGCUGAAUUGCUUUUGGGCCAGCCAUUAUUCCCCGGCGAAAAUGCAGUGGACCAGCUUGUACAUAUUAUAAAGGUGCUUGGCACACCCACUCGAGAGGAAGUACGCUGUAUGAAUCCCAAUUAUAAUGACUUUAGGUUUCCACAGAUAAAAGCACACCCAUGGCACAAGAUAUUCCAUAAAAAGAUGCCUCCAGAAGCUAUUGAUCUUGCUUCCCGGCUUUUGCAAUACUCCCCAAGUCUUCGGUGCACUGCGCUUGAGGCAUGUGCACAUCCUUUCUUUGAUGAACUUCGAGAACCCAAUGCUCGCUUGCCAAAUGGUCGUCCAUUUCCCCCUCUGUUCAACUUCAAACAGGAAUUAUCCGGAGCGUCUGCAGAGCUUGUUAAUAAGUUGAUACCUGAUCAUGCGAAGCGGCAAAUAGGGCUACAAUUUGCUCAUCUGGCAGGAUCCUGAUGACAAGCAUAGGGCAUAGUGUAUACUAAUUGAUAAGCUAUACAAAAGUGGCACCGUUAUUUUUGUCUAAAUUAUCAUGUUGUGUGGCCUGGCCAGAGUGUAAUUUCAUGAUGAACCUGGACUGAGACUUGGAAUGCUGGAUGGCUGCACUUGAUCCAUCAGUAUAUGUAUGUAUACCUUUUGAUUCUCUGUUGAUUCUGGUGGAUCUUUAUUUCCCCAAGCAAGUAAUAGCCUUUCCCUUCCAUCAUAUGUUUAUUGUAAACGUCUUCAUGUUAUAUAGUAUUUAUAUAGUUGGCCUGAAUUGGUCAGUGAAGGGAAAAACUAAACCCUUAGCUGGAAAGAGGGUCCAGACAGACACGAUGGGUCUUUUGAGUUUUGAUGGUCUGCUAUGUCGGUUGUUGGGUUUGGUUUUCUCACGUCCCCAUGUUAAUAUGUGCCUCUUUUGCAAUGUUGCAGACCACUUUCUUUCCUUGUGAUAAAUGUAAUCUGUAUCUGUUUCUCUUCA